AUGUUGAUCAUCUUGACCAAGAAGACGACUGACGGAGCCCCUGAACCGCGUACAGCCAUCGUCAAUCUCCUUGAAGAUGAGGCUCAGACUGCCUCAGUGACAUUCGCAGCAACUGCGGCGAAAAAGAUCCUGGGAGAGCACGGCAAAAUCAAAAGAGGCUGGUUCAAUUGCCGUAUCAGGAGAGUGGAGGGACCGAUAAAGUGUUUCAAGUACUGGCACUACGGACAUCUCGCCACGAAGUGCACGAGUACAGCCCACCCGUCCACACUCUACGCCAAAUGCUCAGCGACUGGCCACAAGACUUCGGACCGUAAGGAGAAGCCCCGAUAUGCUUUGUGCACCAACAAAGGCAACGCGAAGAAUUGUGCCCACAUGGCUGGCAGUAGCAAGUGUACAACGGCGCGGGAGUUGAACCUCAAUCUCACCAUCAUCUCUGAACCGUAUCGUCACCUGGAUGCUCCAUUCUGGGUCACUGACGCUAGCACGAAGGCUGUAAUCUGGGCUUGUGGUAAACGUCCAUUCCAAAGCACCGCCAGCAACAGUACACAAAAUGGUUUUGUGAAGCCUAAGUUUGAUCGAAUUCAUUUCUACAGCUGCUACGCCCCGUCGAGUUUCUCCACCGAAGAAUUUACGCACUUUCUAGAUCGACUGGCUGAGGAUGCGAAGCAGCAUUUUCCUUUGGCAAUAGCCGGGGACUUCAAUGCCUGGGCAGUUGACUGGGGAAGUAAAGUGACGAACACCAAGAGGCAUGCUGUACUGGAAGCCAUGUCAUCGUUGGACUUAGUCUUGCUGAAUAGCAGCGAUGAACCGGCCUUCAUCAGGGAAGAGGCGAGCUCAAUAGUGGAUCUGACCUUCAUGAGCAGCAGCCUUGCAAAGGGGAAGUGCUCAUGGAGAGUAAUUGAUAUCUACACCGCAAACGACCACGGUGCGAUAGUCUGGGAGACAUGUACUCGCCAGAGAGUCAUCUCAAUGCCUGAGAAGGCAAAUUGCAUUGGCUGGAGAGUGAACACCUUCCAAUCUACCUCUUUUUCAGCAGCGUUAGACGAACGCCCAGUUAGUGGCAGCAAUGCUACUGAGAAGUCACACAAUAUUAUAAAACAAGUAACAGAAGUAUGUGAUACCACCAUGACCAGAAAACGGACUACAAAUCAGCAUCCUCCGGUGUAUUGGUGGAAUGACACUAUCGCCAUAUUACAGAAGAAGUCUAAUAAGAGAUUGUUUGAGCGUGGCCAUAAGAAGACAGACUUUGAAGAGGUGCAGAAGAGAUAUAAGACGGCACACCGGAAACUCAGCAAGGAUAUCAAGUGCAGUAAGGCGCUUUCUUGGAGUGAGCUCCUUGAUGAGGUGAAAGGUGAUCUUUGGGGUAGACCAUAUAAAGUGGUGAUGACGCGACUCAAGCGUCAACAAAUACCAUCGCCUACCUGCCCUGUGUUGCUGAAGAAAAUCGUCACAGUGUUGUUCCCGCAUCAACCGGAACUCCAUUAUCCUGACAUACCGGAAGAAGAGAUAAUGUGGUCAUCAAUCACCAGAGAAGAGUUGAUGGAAGCCUGCAAUAGGGUAGGUAAUACCAAGGCGCGUGGCUUCGGUGGAAUCCUCGAUAUCGCUCCGAAGGCAGCUAUCCACGAGAUGCCGAAGUUUUUGGACGUAUACAACGAGUGCCUAAGGGAGGACACCUUGGCAUGUGAAAGUACGAGAGAUUGGUACUACUCCCGAAAGGGAAAAUAG